AUAUUAGGGGAGGGGGGGUGUGGAAGGCAUACUUGCUUGAUACUUCAAAGAAACAGAAAGGAUAUUUUUUCAUCCAAAUAAAAAUGGGUCACCAUUCUUGCUGCAAUCAACAAAAGGUUAAGAGAGGCCUUUGGUCCCCUGAGGAAGAUGAAAAGCUCAUUCGAUACAUCACCACUCAUGGCUAUGGGUGUUGGAGUGAAGUCCCUGAGAAAGCUGGUCUUCAGAGAUGUGGGAAAAGUUGUCGCUUGAGAUGGAUUAAUUAUUUGAGGCCUGAUAUUAGAAGAGGGAGGUUUACUCCUGAGGAAGAGAAGUUGAUUAUUAGCCUUCAUGGGGUUGUAGGGAACAGAUGGGCUCACAUCGCAAGUCACUUGCCUGGAAGAACAGACAAUGAGAUAAAGAACUACUGGAAUUCAUGGAUCAAGAAGAAGAUACGAAAGCCUUCAGCUCCUCCAACUAACACUGCUCCCUGUACCGAUCAGCAUUCCCAGAUAAAUUAUGCCUCAAAUCAACUAGAGUUAGUAAAUCAAGACUUGACCACAAGGGCAGUAGUACCUACUCAAGAAACCCUAUUUUCUUCUCCAGGCGCCCCGUUAUUUAUGUUUGACACAACUCCAAUUGAUGGGAUUCAAGAUGCUAAUGUAAGAGGGGAGCUUUUCAUUGAAUCAGCUAAUAUAAACACUACUGAGACUUGGAAUCUCAAUCAGCAUCAAGUUCAAGCAUUUCCUCCUUCAACUUCGUUCACAACCGGUAUGGAUACAAAUAAUUAUUUGCCACCAUUGGUAGAGAACAUGGAAAUCAACAUUGCGCCUAUUGAAGUCCAAUCUUGUACUGGCAUAGAUGAGGAAGGAGAAAUGACACUUGAGUGCUUGCAGAGGCAGCAGCAGGAGUUGAAUGCAUGGGUUGAAUCCCAGCAGUGUUCAAACUUUCUGUUCUGGGAUAACAUUGAAGGACAACUUAGUGGGGAAGCAAUGCCACCAACUUCAUCAAAUAUGGGAACUACACUAUCUUCGUUCCCUUCUGCUUUUGAAAAAAACAGUUUGUUUUUCUUUUCCUUUCUCCUUUUUGCAUCUUUAUUGGUCAUAAGCUUCUGCAUACGUAAUAUUACAAGGUACUGUUAUUUGGUUUGUCUAGUUUUCAUGAUCACUGAGUGGUCUACUGGUCUUCCCGAUGAAUUAUUACUUCCUGAUCACUUGAUGAAAUCAUCACUAAAGAAGGGAAAAAUGAGUAAUAAGAAGAGUGAACUGAUCAUGCAGCAAGGACAUAUAUAUAGAAAGAGAGUUUUAUUUGAGUUAUUGAUUAUUGUCUCCGCUGUGCUGGACCUUUCUCCUCUUGUGAAGCAACCGGCAAGAAUAUUAUGUCACAUUGCCAAUUCAAGAAUUACAAUUAAUUGUUUGGAUUUUCAAGAUAAAAUGAUCAAGGUUAGAGCUAGCUUAAAUGCCCAAACUUUAGAAAAUUGGUUUAAUGUUGGUUUCUCUGUUAUAUGCGAUAAGAGAGCAGAGGGAAAAAGCCUCCUUUCUCAGCAGACACUCUUCGCCGCCGUCCCUUAUCUCAUCGCAAUCAUGAUCAUCCCAGAAAAGAACCGCCGCGAGAUCUCCAAGUACCUCUUUCAAGAGGGUGUUUGCUAUGCAAAGAAAGAUUACAACUUGGCAAAGCACCCGGAAAUCGAUGUUCCAAAUCUUCAAGUAAUAAAGCUGAUGCAAAGCUUCAAGUCGAAGGAAUACGUGCGUGAAACUUUUGCUUGGAUGCAUUAUUACUGGUACCUUACCAAUGAUGGCAUUGAGUUCCUAAGGACUUACCUUAAUCUUCCUUCUGAGAUUGUUCCCGCUACUUUGAAGAAACAAACCAAGCCUGCUGGUCGUCCCAUGGGGCCUCCUGGUGACCGUCCACGUGGUCCACCACGCUUUGGUGACGGUGAGAGGAGAUUUGGUGACAGAGAUGGCUACCGUGGAGGUCCACGAGGAGGAGGUGAUUUUGGUGACAAGGGAGGAGCCCCUGCUGAUUAUCAGCCUUCAUUCAGGGGCCCUGGUUCAAGGCCUGCCUUUGGUCGUGGAGGUGGUGGUUAUGGUGGUGCUGGACCUGCGGGUGGUGCAGGUCUUCCUUGAGCGGGAUGAUUUUUCAUGAGAGUUUUGUCAGUUUAGGUUUAUUGGCAAUUGGAAUUAAUAUUACCUGUCUUAUGCUUCAACGUAUGAUAAUUGUAGUUGUUUGAUGGUUAUAAAUUAUUGCUUCUCCUUGGUUCAUUUAAUGGGGAAUCUAGAAACAAUGUUUUCUUUGCCCUAAUCAAUAUGCACAGUUUGUGGUGUUUGUUGCACUAAGUGCUUGA